AUGUCGGUGGAAGAGCGCGCGGAGGCGAUCAACACCUUGCUGCGGGAGAAGAAGAUUGACGUGUUCGGACGGGGCGGGGGGUUGGUGUACGCGCGAGUGCGCGAGGCGCAGGCGGCGAAGUUUAAGGGUUUGAGCACGGAAGAUAUGCUGGUGUAUCAGAUCAUUCAGCACGCCGGGAACGCGGGGAUGUGGACGAAGGAGCUGAAACAGCGGUCGAAUCUACCGGUGCCGCAGAUUACGAAGAUUUUCAAGACGCUCGAGGCGAGAAAGUUGAUCAAAUCCGUCAAGCACGUGGCGCAACAAAAUCGAAAGGUGUACAUGCUGUACGAGCUCGAACCGAGCCGAGAGAUCACUGGCGGGGCGUGGUACACCGAGCAGGAGUACGACGCCGAAUUUAUCAGCGUGUUGCGCGAGCAGUGCGUGAAAUUCAUCUACUCGCGCGAGCGCGUGACGCUGAAAGAAGUGAGCGAUUUCGUUCGCGCGAGCGAGCUCAGUCGCAUCGAUCUCGGACAGGAUGAAGUUUUACAAAUAGUCAACACGCUCGUGUACGACGGCAAGGUGGAUGAAAUCAAAGACGAGUCUCAGGACGACGGGAUGGGUAAGGCAGACGAGGAUUUCCAGCCGAUCACGUUUUACACGCGAGCGGCGCUGCCGGUUCCCGAGUCCAACGCCUACACCGACAUCCCGUGUGGGGUGUGUCCGGUGAUCAACGAGUGUCGCCCGGACGGGCUGAUCAACCCAUCGUCGUGCGAGUACAUGACGGCGUGGUUGAACUUUUAG